AGACUCUGAUAUACCGAUACGACACUUCUCGUGUUGGAGAAUAACCUUUCUAACCCAAUCGAAUAUCUUCUACGAAACCAUCGAACCAUGAAGCCCGGUUCUGAAAUCGACCUCAAUCCACCUCUCCCAAAACUAGUUGCUGUCGAUCUUGAUUACACUCUUUGGCCUUGCUGGGUUGAUACUCAUAUUCAUCCACCUCUCAAGCCCACCAACAAACCCGGAGAACUCGUCGAUAAAGCGGGUCGAAAGUUAUCAUUCUUUACUGAUGUACCGCACAUUUUAGCCACACUUCAAUCUGUUGGAGUUAAGAUUGCUGCAUGCUCUCGUACUCAUAGACCAGAUAUUGCUCGCCAAGCCCUAUCAGAUAUAAGAAUCCCUCGAAAACCUAAUUCUUCAUCGGAUGAGCAAGAGCAAGAUUUGAUUCGAUCGAUUGAUCUGUUUGAUAAUUUACAAAUCUAUCCAGGUUCGAAAUUAAGUCACUUUGAAACGAUUCAAAAAGAAAUGAAGAUUGAAUACAAAGAUAUACUUUUCUUUGAUGACGAACCAAGGAAUUCAGAAGUCGAAAGAUUAGGUGUACACUUUAUGUUAGUUGAUGAUUCGAUUGGAUUAAAUUGGGAUACCUUUAUGAAAGGAUUAAAUGCUUGGAGAUCUAAACAAGUCGAAUAGAUUGGGAUUCGGUUUUCUUAUUAAUAAAAGAUGUCAAAAUGAAGAUCCUACUUCUUUAGACUGUCACACGGUGUAUGACCUCAACGGAUUUUCUUCUUUGUAACUUCAAGAACUCUUCCUACUCUUGAGAGUUGUAUAUUUACAACACGUAAUUUCUUUUCUCAAUCUUUGUAGUGAGCUUUAAAUAGAUGUUGGAUACUCUUUAAUUUACUGACAAAAAAGUAAACCAGUCCUCAAUUAAUUAUGCGC